GAAUCUUAUCUUCGAAUCUUAAAAUAUAAUUUCUCUAUCUCAGGUUAGGUAAGGCAAGGUGGACUUCAGCAUACACUAAAAUGCACUAUAAAACAUAUAUUAUGUUGGUGGGAAGGGGGAAAUGAGGUAUGCUGGUGAAUAGUAAACCUCACUAAUCUAAUUUGUUCAGUGUGGUUGAAUCUCGAGCCGGUGUGGGAAAAUAUUCCUUUCCGACCUCAGAAGCCCACAUAGGUUCCUCAUUAAAAUACGUUGGGUGCAAUUUCACACAUACCAUGUGUGAUUUCCAGUCUAGUCAUUCAUGGUAAGACGCCAACUUGUARGAAUCCUAGAAAAGAUUUAGGCUAAGGAAAAUAGCUAAGCUWUAUAGCUCAGAGAYAUUUGUUUCAUUCAUGCAUAUUGCUUUUGAGAAGUUACCAUUGAUGAAGGUUUCUAUUUCUCCGGUGGGCGUCAGCAUCACUAGAAAAGGGAAGGCAAGGACUCUGGGCUUAGGAGUCAAGAUGAUACCCUAUGUGGCGUUGUGCAAAUAUUUUCCUGUCGCUAUAGUUGUGGUCAUAGUUUUCAGUGUCAAUGGAUACAUUGAAGAUCCUCUUUUUGACUGCCUGCAAGAUUCAGACUAUGCCGAACUCCUUGAAAUUGUGAACAGAGGUCUUCCCUUCACAAAGACACCUCAUCAUAUUGCCAUCAUCGGUGGUGGUAUUGCUGGACUGACUGCAGCAAAGUUUCUGGAGGACGCAGGGCACAAGGUGACUUUAAUAGAGGCAAGUGGUCGAAUUGGAGGACGGGUUGAGACCUACAGAAAUAGAAGAGAGGGAUGGUAUGCAGAACUGGGUGCUAUGAGGAUCCCUAGCUUUCACAAAAUUCUUUUAUCAUUUGCAUUAAAAAUGGGCCUUGGACUGAAUCCAUUUAUCCAGGAUGACAUCAACACAUAUUACCAUGUGAACGGGUUGCUGCAGAAAACAUAUACGGUUAAAGAGAACCCAGACGUGCUGAACUAUCCCUUGACUGACAAGGAAAGGGGAAAAUCGGCUGGUCAGCUCUUCGACUUGGCCCUGUGGAAGAUAAGGGAUGAUAUCAAGACAGCUGGCUGCAAGGCCAUGUUGAGAAAAUAUGACUCGUACUCAGUCAAGGAGUAUCUAGUGAAGGAGGGGAACCUGAGUCGUGGUGCCCUGCGCAUGAUUGGAGAUAUCCUGAAUGAGAACAGCCUCUUCUACGCAUCACUUACUGAGAUGCUGUAUAUUCAGUCAGAUAUUAACGACAACACUGUCUAUUACGAGAUCACUGAUGGGUUUGACCAUUUACCAAGGGCAUUUUACCAGGCCCUCAACAGCACCAUCCUUCUCAACUCCAAGGUCCGACUCAUCAGUCAAACCAGCAGCAACGUGACCAUAUCCUACCAGGACUGGCGCAAUCCAUCCUCCCUGACCAACCUUACAGUAGACUAUGCCCUGGUKACAGCUACAGCGAAGGCCACCCUCUUCAUGGACUUCCAACCCCCGCUGUCACCCCAGAAGAUGGAGGCCCUGCGGUCCGUGCACUACGCCAGCUCCACCAAGGUGGUCCUCAGCUUCAGYGAGAGAUUCUGGGAAAAGGAGGGCAUCAAAGGGGGGAAGAGCAUCACGGAUCUCCCCUCUCGUUUCAUCUACUACCCUAGCCACAGCUUCCCAGGCACGGCUGGGGGGGCUCUCCUKGCRUCCUACACCUGUUCCGAUGACUCCACUCUGUUCCAGGGGGUGAGCGAGGAUGAGCUGAAGGCUUUGGUGCUGGAUGACCUAGUAAAGAUCCAUGGGGAGGUUAUACGUCCUCUCUGCACUGGAGGGUUAGUGAAGAAGUGGGGGCUGGAUCCCUUCAGCCUGGGGGCUUUUGCCAUUUACACACCUUACCAGCAGACGGACUACGCCUCGGACCUGUUCAGGAAUGAGAGCAGAGUCCACUUUGCUGGGGAGCACACUGCCCUACCUCACGCUUGGAUCGAGACUGCCAUGAAAUCUGCACUAAGGGCAGCCAGGAACAUCAGUAACCUGGCAUGAUAGACAUCUGGGGCCYGGGGACAUCGAUUGUAUUUUGAAUA